AUGGAGCUCAGGGAUCCCAAGACCCCAGAGGAUGGGGACACAGAGGAAGACACAGCCACGACCCUGCAGCGCUUUGUGGAGUUGACAGCCACCAGGGUGACCCCAGUGCGGAGUCUUCGCAUUCCAUAUCGUCUCAUCCGAAAGCUGGGUUCUGGCUCCUAUGGCCGCGUGCUCCUUGCCCGGUCUCGUCGAGGUGGUCCCUUGGUGGCUCUAAAGCUCCUGCGCCGGGACUCGGUCUUGAGAACCACCUUCCUGAGAGAGUUCUGCGUGGGCCGCUGCGUCUCCUCACACCCAGGCCUGCUCCAGACCCUGGCGGGUCCCCUGCAAACCUCCCGAUAUUUUGCUUUCACCCAGGAGUAUGCACCUUGUGGAGAUCUCAGCGGGAUGCUCCAGGAGAGGGGUCUCCCGGAGCUAUUGUUGAAGCGGGUGAUAGCCCAGUUGGCCGAAGCGUUGGAUUUUCUCCAUGGUCGGGGACUGGUUCAUGCAGACGUCAAGCCAGACAACGUCUUGGUCUUCGAUCCCCUCUGUAGCCGUGUGGCCCUGGGGGACUUGGGUCUGACCCGGCCAGAGGGUAGCCCAACCCCUGCCCCACCGGGUCCACUGCCGUCUGCACCUCCGGAGCUCUGCCUUCUCCUGCCCCCUGACACCCUGCCCCUGAGACCAGCCCUGGAUUCCUGGGGUCUAGGGGUGCUUCUCUUCUGUGCUGCCACCGCCUGUUUCCCUUGGGAUGUGGCACUGGCCCCUGACCCUGAGUUUGAGGCCUUUGCUGGUUGGGUGACCACCAGGCCUCAACCACCUCGGCCACCACCACCCUGGGACCAGUUUGCACCCCCAGCUCUGGUGUUGCUCCAGGGGCUUCUGGACCUGAACCCUGAGACAAGGAGCCCCCCACUGGCUGUUCUGGACUUCCUGGGGGAGGACUGGGGGCUGGGGGGGAAUAAAGAGGGACCUGGGGGCUUGAGGAUUCUGUCCAGUGAGGAUGGGGAGGAGGAGGAGGGAGGAUCCAGCUUGGAGGAGUGGACGGAUGAGGAGGACAGCAAAAGUGAUGGGAGGAAGGGGACAGAUGAGGGAACUCCUUAA